AUGGGUGAAUUUAAACCAAUCUUACCACAAGGUGCAGGCUACGCAAUCAUCUUAGGUCUCGGUGCAGUAUUUGCUUUUGGUAUGGUCCUAGUGACAUACAUGUUACGUCGUUAUCAAAAGGAAAUAAUAUCUGCCGAAGAAUUCUCUACAGCAGGUAGAUCAGUGAAAACAGGACUUGUUGCCGCAGCAGUAGUAUCAAGUUGGAUUUGGUGCUCCACCUUGCUAACCUCAGUCUCCAAACAAUAUACCGGUGGUAUGUUUGGUGGAUAUAGCUAUAGCGCCGGAGCAUGUUUCCAAAUUAUCGCAUUCGCUAUCAUUGCCAUUAAGACUAAACAAAAGGCUCCUAAUGCACAUACUUAUUUAGAAAUUGUAAGAGCUCGUUAUGGGAAAUACGGUCAUAUUUGUUUCCUUUUUUAUGCUUUAGCUACUAAUAUUUUAGUUACUGCAAUGCUAUUGACCUCGGGAUCCGCUGUGUUUAGUGAUAUCACUGGAAUGAGUGCCACUGCAGCAUGUUUCUUACUACCUGUUGGUGUUAUUAUUUACACUUUAUUUGGAGGUAUUAAAGCCACUUUUUUAACUGAUUAUUUGCAUACUAUUGUUAUCAUUAUUAUUGUCAUGAUAUUUGCCUUCAAAGUGUUUGCUACAGGUGAUGUAUUAGGUUCCCCAGGUAAAGUUUAUGAUUUAGUUAGAGAAGCAGCCAAGAGACAUCCAGUCGCGGGUAAUGCAGGUGGUGAAUAUAUGACCAUGUCAUCAAGAACUUCAGGGAUUUUCCUUGUUAUUAAUUUGGUUGGUAAUUUUGGUACAGUAUUUUUAGAUAAUGGAUAUUGGAAUAAGGCAAUUUCUGCAUCACCAGCAGCAAGUAUGCCAGGAUACGUUAUGGGCGGUCUUUCAUGGUUUUCAAUCCCAUGUUUAGUUUCAUUGACUAUGGGGUUUGCAUGUCUUGCUGUGGAAACAUUACCAAAUUUCCCCACUUAUCCUGAUCCCUUAUCAUCAUCCCAAGUAACAGCUGGAUUAGUUUUACCUGCAGCAGCUAUUACUGUGUUGGGUAAAGGUGGUGCUGUUGCGACAUUGUUGAUGGUUUUCAUGGCUAUCACAUCUGCCAUGUCAGCUGAAUUAAUAGCCGUUUCAUCAGUGUUUACAUAUGAUAUCUACAGAAUUUACAUUAACCCCAAAGCAACAGGGAAACAAUUGAUCUUAUCAUCACAUGGAGCAUGUAUUUUCUUCGGUGUAGCAAUGAGUGCGUUUGCAGUUGGACUUAAUGCUGGCGGAGUGAGUGUUGGUUAUUUAUAUGAGAUUAUGGGUAUUAUCAUCUCAAGUGCUGUGCUACCUGUCAUAUUGACAUUAUGUUGGAAACAACAGAAUAUUCAUGCUGCUAUUAUUUCACCGAUUUUAGGGACUGGAUUAGCAAUUAUGUCGUGGUUAGUUUGUACUAAAUCGUUAUUUACAAAUCUAACUAUUGAUACUACGUUCAUGGAUUAUCCAAUGAUUGCUGGUAAUGUUGUUGCCUUGUUAUCACCUGGCAUUUUCAUUCCUAUUUUAACUUAUGUUUUCAAACCACAGAAUUUUGAUUGGGAAAUAUUGAAAACUAUUAGUAGGGUUGAUGAAACUGAAGAAAUUGCUAAAGAUUUAGAAGAUAUCGAUGGUAUAGUAGUCCAAGAUAUAGAAUCUGUGUCAUCCUCUUCGAAAUCGUUGAAAAAUGAUGUUACAAAUGAUGCUGAUUAUACUAAUAAUAAUAAUGAUAAAAUACAAGCUGUGAGGACUAUAAUGAGUAGUAUUUUGGAGGAUGUAAAUCCCACGGUUGCACAAAGAGAAUUAGAAGAAGAAAAACAAGAAUUAGCUAAAGGUUUAAAAAUUGCGUAUUUUCUAUGUAUAUUUUUCGCAUUAGCAUUUCUGGUUGUUUGGCCCAUGCCUAUGUAUGGUACACAUUAUAUUUUCAGUAAAAGGUUUUUCACUGGUUGGGUUGUUGUCAUGAUAAUUUGGAUAUUCAUUAGUGCGUUUUGCGUUUGUGUAUAUCCCUUAUAUGAAGGUAGGCAUGGUAUAUAUACCACAUGUCGUGGGAUAUAUUGGGAUUUAAGCGGUCAAACUUAUAAGCUCAGAGAGUGGCAAAAUGAUAAUCCAGAAGAAUUACAUGUGGUGAAGAGUCAAAUGAGUGCCAAGAUACAUAAGCAGACGAGUAGGCUGGGAACACUCGAAAACAAUUUAGAUGACGUUAUUGAAGGAUAG